GUGUGUGUGAGAGAGAGAGAGAGAGACAGUGAGAGCCAAAAAGAGCAAAAGAAAAGUAUGCAUGCAUGAUUGUGCAGACAAAUGUGUGUAUUUGUGUGUCUGCCAACCUUGUUUGUAUGCCUGUGUUUGUCGGCCUGUCAGUGUGUGUGUGUGUGUGUGUGUGUGUGUGUGUGUGUGUGUGUGUGAGUCCUGACAAAGGCUCCAUCCAGCCAUACUGCAGAGGGCUGCUUGUUCCCAGAGACCCUCAGAGCUCCAGGACACCCAGUCUCUCUGCUGCCUGCAGCCCAGACACAGCAGCCCUGACACGGACACAGUCCCUCACCCUGCUCCCCCUCCUCCUCCUGGAGCUCCGACACCUGUUUGGAUUACUGAUGGACGGGAAAAAUAGAGGCGAGUUUUAAAGUGGCAAACUUAGUAUUAGUGUAGGAGUGUUGGGAGUUUAAAGAGAAGAGAAGAGAAGAUAAGGGAAGAGAAGAGAAGAGAAGAGAAGAGAAGACCUAUCUGGACUACAAGCUUAUUAAAAAUCUAGUUGGUCACAAACAAGCGUUUCUUAAUUGAAACUUCCUGGAACUUCGGUGGAUGUCGAGUAAACAGCAGCCAACUCUGGCGUAAUUUAACCAAAAUCUUUCCCUGGAAUUGUCGACUUUACUGACUUUUCGUCAGGAACUCUGAACUAGAUCUUACUGAAAGGUUUGGAAACUUUGUCGACAUCAAGCUGCUUUAUUCCUGAAUAUUUGGACAUUUUGGAAACCUUUCUGAGAUUCUGUUGGAGCGCUGCACCGGAUUCUGCACUAUUACUCUCUUGUCACGUCCUUCUGGUUUGAAUCCACCCAAUUUAAGAGGAAUCUUUCUCAUUUAAGACCUGAACCAUGGCUCCGUCUGUUGGUCUGUGGCUGUGUCUGUACCUGCCGCUGCUGUUUACCGACGCAAAGAGCGUCGGGCAACAUGACAGUCAACUCGACGCCAUAGACAAACCCUUCUCUCGUGUCAAACUGGAACCCCUUUGGAUCACCAAGCAGCUCAGGACUGGGGUCGAUGCCACCAACCAGAGCUUCCCCCUCCCUGAGAUGCUGGAUCUAGACCUGGACCAGCACCACCGCCAGGCUCGUGGCGCUGAGGAGGAAGAGCAACAGUCCACCUUUAGCCAGUCCUUCGAGAACGACUCGGUGACAACGCCGCAGGCCACCGAGAUCAACAACGUAACAAACGUGGCAGCAGGGGACGAUGGUAACGAUAAUAUCAAUCUCCAUGGAAACACCACCAUCUCUGACCACGAUCCCCCGGGGCUCUUCAACCCCUUCUACCCGCUGGCGGACAGCUCGUAUUCAGCCUACGCGGUCCUGUUCCUGGCCGGCCUGGUGCUGGCGGUGGGCGUGGUGGGAAACAUGGCGGUCAUGUGUAUCGUCUGGAACAACUACUACAUGAGGUCCGCCUGGAACUACCUGCUGGCCAGUAUGGCAUUCUGGGACUUCCUGGUCCUGGUGAUCUGCCUUCCUGUGGUGGUCCUCAACCAGCUCUCCCAUAGGAGGAUCCUGGGUGACAUCACCUGCCGCAUGGUGCCUUAUAUGGAGGCUGUGUCUCUGGGCAUCACCUCCUUCACUCUUUGCGCUCUGGGUAUCGAUCGUUUCCACGCUGCCACCUCUUCCUCCCAGCCGAAGGCCCGGCGGGUGGAACGCUGUCGCUCAGUGCUGCUGAAGCUGCUGCUGGUGUGGCUCGCCGCUCUGCUGCUGUCCAGCCCCGAAAUCUUCCUGUGGCAGCUCAGCCAGGCCGUGUCCCCGUCCACCGGCCAGCUGGUCGACUCCUGCACCAUCACCCCCUCCUCCCCUCUGUCCUUCUACCUGCCCGACUCUCUCCACUCUCUGUUGCUCAGGUAUCACCAGGGGCGUAUGUGGUGGUGUUUUGGCUGCUACUUCUGCCUCCCCAUCCUCUUCACCAUCCUCUGCCAAAUGGCCACCCGCAACGUCAACAGCGACUCCACCUCUGCCCAAAAGCAGCGUAACCAAGACGACCGCUCCACCAAUCAGAAGCGCCAGCAGCACCAGGCGGUGGAGCGGCAGCUGAACUGCACUCUGCUGGCGUUAGCCGUGGUUUACGGUGUCUGCGCUCUGCCCGAACACGUCUGCAACAUCACGCUGGCCUACACGCACAUAACCGUCUCUGAGGACACGGCUGCCAUGCUGGCGCUGUUGCAUCACUUCUUGUUGUUCUUCAAAUCAUCGGUGACGCCGGUGCUGCUGCUCUGUCUGUGUAAGGCUCUCGGCCAGGCCUUCAUGGACUGCUGCUGCUGCUGCUGUCAGGAGUGUCAGCCAACCACGGCUCAGGGCUCGCCAAGCUCCGCCCAGGUCAAACUGAAGGCAGCCAAUGAGACGUCUAUCUUCUUCGACAAGGCUAAAGACACGUCGGCCAUACUGUCCAUCUCCAGCUAGAGCCAUAGGUCCUUUUUUAGCAUCAAUCUAUCACUUCCUCAUAAAUCAAUUCAUCAUCUCUUCUUUUUACCCUUCAGCACUGUUUCUCUUCCAUCAUUAACUUUCCUUUCCCUCCCUCCAAUGUUUGCUGUGAAUCCAUUUUCUCCUCCUUCUAUAUAUUCUUUCCAUACAUUUUUCUCUCUCCUCCAGAACACUUGUGGAUCAAUGAUUGUCUUUCUUCCUGUCCUCUCCUCUUCUUCCAGAGUACCAUUUGUAUGAUAUUCCUUUAUGGACACUGCGUUACACCCCUCCAGCUUCCUCUCUGUUCAGGAGGUGAUGUUUAAUCUGUAGUGAGAUUAGAAAAGUUGCUGUACUUGCACAACCAGCCUGUUUCAGGACUCUCCGAAUGGACUCUUUCCUCCAACUUCCUGCUGUAUGUAAUGUAAUGUGUGAUAUCUGUGGUGGAAAAACCAACAUGGAUGUCUUCUUUGGUUGGACUAAAGCUGAUGUUUUGCUGUGUUUUAUGGGGAAGUAAUUAGGGCUGCUGUUUACAUCCCUUACAGCAGGUUGAUGGCAAACAUGAUCUAAAGAUGGUUAAAAACGCUGGUGAGACAGAAAUAAUCCAAUUGGCUGUUAAACGUCAAUGAGCGGACAAGUUACAUAACCAUUAAACUGGCUGAAAAGAGUACAGUUGACGUGUUGUGUAUUGAAAUGGCAACGACUUGUUUUCGACUUCGUGGUCAAAAGAGGAGGAUUCCUAGAUGCUUUUGGUGACUCACCUCAUCUUUCUUCUAGCAACAAAUUUUGGCCAAAAUGUUAUGUCCCCUUGACUGUGUUCCAAUCAGAGCUGUGUUGAAAUAUGAAUGAAGAUCUUCCAAUAUUACAUGGAUGGAUUAAACAAACGUAGGGAGUUCAUUUCUAUGCUCCAAGUGUCCUAUGUUCCCCUGUUCUUCAUAUCUGUUCUCAUGGUCCCAUAUUCCCAGGGUUAGGGGCCAGAGUUUUGACCCGAACUAAACAGGAGGGUUUGUGUGUUUUAACUGAAUAUUUAACUAGGGAACAUAAGACCUUGGAAACAUAGGACCUUGGGUGCAUAGGACCUUAGAAACAUAGGACCCUGGGAACAAACGACCCUGGGAACAGGUUAUAGUAAAAGUUAUUUCUCAAAAGGGAUGAAAGUAGUGAAGUGGGGGAAGGGAGGAGAUCUGAAGAGUAUUGAACAGGACUCAGACCUCUUCAGUACUGAGGUGGUCUCUUUGUACAGGAAGUCAAAAUGUGUAGGAUGUGUAUUAAUAUGUGUUUAGGACAGUGCUUUCACUCAGACUGUCAAACUCAAACAACUAGUACAAAUGAAGAAACAGAAGAUAUGGACGUAGCUUACUUUAGUUCUAGAAUUACAACUAAUUACAUCUUUGUAUGAAGGGAAGCGAGAUAGUAAUUUUUUUAUGUCACAAGAAUGUGUAUGCCUUCGUAAUGUUCAGUGUCACAGUGUUAAAUUCAUGGUAUUAAAAUGAAAACUGCCCAUUGUUGGCCCAGUAUUCUGAAACCCCAGUAGUCCAAAAAAUGUCCCAUUGGACUGAAAGCCCAUUUGUCAGACAGCUUACAUGUAAACAAUCACUCACUGCUGUGAAGGCCUUGUUUUAAUACACACUGGAUGUGCAGAAAAAGACAAAGCAAGGUGACCUUUGUUGUAAUUUUAACAUGUGGUAAACAUUGUGAAACCGUUGCAGUUUGGUUAGGUUUAGGCAUCAAAAUUCAAAUUGAAAUUGAAAUUUGAAAAGAUUUGGCUCAAAAUAAAUAUGUUAGUUACAUCAUUUGAGUUACGUACUUAAGUUGGUGAUACCAGAGUGUGUAUUUUUGGAACAACAGGCCUUCGGAGCAAAGGGCGUUUGUUUUCGGAAUAACAGGCUGUCAAACAAAUGGGACAUUUUCUGGACUAUUAGGGUUUCUGUCAAAACAACGGGGUGGCAACAAUAAUAUAUGUCAGAGCCGAUUGUGCCUUAGUGUCCCCUCAGCUCCGGACUGUCAGUGUCUGAAUCAACAAACAGCGAGUAGAAACUUGUCAGACUAACUUUACACUGUGAGCAGCUACUUUAAGAGACAAAAAGAAACUGCAUCAAUGUUUUGACCUGCAGCUGUAAGUUUUCACCCAAAAGUUAGCAGUGUUGUUUUACCACUGACAGUAGAUUUUUAUCAAAAGAUGAUCUUUUGAGGUCACUUUUAUUGCCUUAAAUAAUGAUCCACAUGUGGAGCAGUACUACAUUUCCACAGAAAACUUGGAUACACCUGGUUUACAUUUGAUAUACAGCACUUUGACAGUGGUCACAUUUUCAUUUGGGUCCCUAUUUACAGAUGGUAAAUAUGUUUCCUUCACAUGCUGUUUGGUCUAUUAUAUAAAUCUGAAAAGAAACGAGACAUAUUCGGAGCUCAAGUCCCACCAGUGUCGUGUUUGAGUUUAUUGUAAAUGUGAACAAAGUUGACAUUAAGUGCCUCCUUAAUAACUUUUUAAUAAAGGGACAGUCCACACAAAACAAAUUAACUUUAGUGCCUGUCUUACAUUUUUCUUUUACAGUAAAACUGUGUUGUUUUUAUCUUGUGAACAAGGCAUAAACGGACCAAUCGGGUGAAUAGGUAGUAAUUUAUAAAUAAAUGUGAGUAAUUUAAA